GCGAGGAAACAAAAAAAUGUUAAAAAAACUUAAAAUUAGAAAGGGUAGGAAGAAACAGGUGGUCUGGGUGUAUUAAAAGAGUUGAUAAAACUGCCGCAUUGCAUGGAGACGCGUAGCAGCAACAUGUGUCAAAAGAAUAAACCCAAACGGGAUAAUUAAGUGCCACGUUUAAAAGAAAAGUUCGAGGUGCAGUUGUGGUAUUGAUAUUACAGAAAGUAUAUAUAAGAUAGGAUUGAGGUGCUUAUGUCUUCAUAAAAUCAAAUCAUAUCAGUAUCAUUUCAUAGAAUUGAAGAAAUAAUAGAAAUGCAGUCAGGAAAGAAGGCAGUGGAAUCUAUGAAGGAAUCGGCUGCUAAUGUUGCAGCCUCCGCUAAGGCUGGCAUGGACAAGACUAAAGCUACUGUUCAAGAGAAGAUGGAGAAAGUAACGGCCCGUGAUCCGUUGGCAAAAGAAAUUGCCGAAGAGAAGAAAGAAGCAAAGAUCCACGAGGCAGAGCUCAACAAACAGGAGGCGCGUCAGCACAACGCCGCCGUCAGACAGGCUGCUACGGGCGCAGCGGCAGCCACACAUGGAACGCACCCAACAACCCACUCAACCGCCACACAUGGAACGCACCCAACAACCCACUCAACCGCCACAUACUCCACCACUGGAGCCCAUGGCUACACCACUGGGACCCAACAGACGUCGGCUUUGCCUGGCCACGGCACCGGCCAACCAACUGGCCUUGUGACAGAGGGUGUGGUUGGGGCGCACCCGAUCGGCACCGAGACGGGCACUGGAAGGACCACAACAGCCCACAACCCUCUUGCUGGUGGUGGAACUGGGUACGGGACCGGCACCCGGACCGGGGGAAGCUAUACUUAAUGUGGAGAUGUUUUUACUCUUUUAUGUUAUAGACGAUGGACUUUGCUGUUUUAUUGUUGAAGUCCGAUGUGCUGUGUAUUUGGUUGUUUGCAUUUUGUAUGGUUUUAAUUUCGUUGUUAGGUUUUUUAUGUUGUGUACCCUCCCUUGUGGAGGCUGCUUUGUCAAAGUGUGAUGAUGAAUAAAAUUUGUACCUAUUAAUCUUUGCCUA